AAUUUAAAUGAAGAUUUUGAUUAAUUUUUGGUUAACAUUUGGAGGGAACCUUUUGAUUUUAUUGUAAAUCCUCCUUUUCUUUGUUAAUAUUGAUUAAUAUUUACAUUAAUUUGAGAUUAUUGUUUUGACUUUUGCGAUUGAUUGUCAAUCUAUUUUGAUUAAUCAAAAUGCCUCAAAUUGCUCAUCUCAGUGAUGGUAAAAGUGUCAUGAUUUUAGGAACUGUUGUUGGCUGUUUAAUUAUCUUAUGGCCAAAAAUUUUCUAUCCAAUGUUACAAAAUGGAUUCCAAACCAUAAAUCAAGGUGAUGUAAAACCUAAAAUUCAUCCCAGGAUGAUGACAAGUAAAUCACCACCCAAAGGCUUCAAUGGUCAGACAAAUUUCUACGGACCUCGUUCUCAUAUCCCUUCAGUCGAUGAAAAUAAUACCAUUGGAGGAGCAUCGGUUGGCUUAAUUAUGACCAUUUAUACAAUUGGAAUCAUUUUCCUCUUUUUCUAUACCAUUUUCAAAUUUAUGAGCUCGAAUGAUUCCUUCGAUCACCUGGAUAAAAAUGGUGCUCAUUUUGAUUCACGAUCUAAAGACACUAAGAAAGAUGAAAAUUCAUUCGAUAAAGUCGAUCAUAAACAAGGCGAAUGUCUAAAGAAAUUGGCAGUUAAUUAUGUCCGGUGUAAAUCCAAAAUUUCGGGUAUUGAUAAUGAUCCAAUGAUCGUUAAUGAUCGCGAUGAUGGUGUUUCCAUUGCAUAUCGAACUCUACUCGGUGAUAUGCUUGAAUUACGUGAUUAUCUCUCUGACCUCCAAUGCUCAAUUAAUGGAUGUCAACCUUGUGAUGAUGAAUUUUGUAAUUGUUCCGAUGAGGUAAUUUAUGAGUCCGAUGAUAUUUGUGAUUCACAAACAAAUGACUUGGGUUUCGACAUUGAUGGUACGAUUGAUCAGAUUCUGGAUUCUGAAGAUGUUUCGAUGAAAAAUGAAAUCGACAAACCAGAAGAGGAACAAAUAAUCAAUCAAUCAGAAAAUGAGAUGGAUUCAGUUGAAGAUUUACUCGAAACUAUUGACGAUUUAAUUGAUUCCAAGAUUGAAAGUAAAAUCAAGCGAUUAAACAAAAGAAAAACUUCCAACGAGGAAUGAUAACUAACCGUUCUCGUCUAAAUAUUCACCUUCGACGAUAAUUAUUUAAAUUAAUUUAAUUUAUUUCCAAUUCAAUUUGAUGUUCUUUUCGUUACAGUUUAGAAUCAUGAUUGUAUAUAAAUUUCUUUUCUUAAUUAGAUUAAUCAAAAUUCAUGAUUUGAACAAGCAAA